AGUCGGCAGCGGAUUGCAGCCCACGGCCGGCUUCGGCCGGCACGAUUUUUGGCGCCAUCCGCCCUAAACCCCUCUCCUUCUCCGCGUCGUCGUCGUCCUCCUCCUCCUCCAUGUCUCCGCCUCAUCCUCUCCCUCUCCCUCUCCCUCUCCCCCUUCCUCCUCCUCCUCCUCGUCCUCCUCCUCUUCCUCUCGGCCAUGGGCUGCGCCCAAUCGAAGCCCCCGACCUCGCACUCUCCCCCCAGCGGCGGCGUCGACAGGCUCAAGCUCGACGGCCGCUACCUCCCCGCCGCCGCCGCCGGCGGCGCGAAGCGGCCCCAGCCGCCGCGCGGCCCCGCCGAGCGACGGGAGAGGGUUAGGGUAGCGGAUGCGGCGGCAGGAGGAGGAGGAGGGAGGAGGGAGAGGGAGAGGGAGAGGGUUGGGAGAGACGAUGGGGCGGCGGAGAAGACGAAGGCGAAGACGAAGACGAAGACGACGACAAUGGCGAUGGCGACGCCCCCGUCGAGAGGAGGAGGAGAGGCGGAGGAGAUGGUGGAUGGGUGGCCGCGGUGGCUGCUGGAGAACAUCCCCAGGGAGGUGCUGAGUGGGCUCGUGCCCAGGAGCGCAGAUUCAUACGACAAGAUCGAUAAGGUGGGUCAAGGGACCUAUAGCAAUGUGUAUAAAGCUAUAGAUCGAGAUACUGGAAAAAUAGUUGCUUUGAAAAAGGUACGCUUUGACACAUCGGAGUCGGAGAGUGUCAGAUUUAUGGCACGGGAAAUUAUGAUACUGCAGAGGCUGGAUCACCCUAAUGUCAUUAAACUUGAAGGCCUUGCAACUUCAAGGAUGCAUUACAGCCUUUACUUGGUUUUUGACUUCAUGCAAACUGACUUAGCAAGGGUGAUAUCUUGUUCUGAUCAGAGGCUUACAGAACCACAGGUUAAGUGUUAUAUGCAACAGCUGCUAUCGGGUCUUCGGCAUUGCCAUCAGCGUGGAAUCUUACACCGAGACAUUAAGGGUUCUAACCUGUUAAUAGAUAAAUAUGGGAUGCUGAAGAUUGCUGACUUUGGGCUUGCUAACUAUUUCAAUCCUAAUAAAAAACGGCCGCUUACAAGUAGAGUGGUCACACUGUGGUACAGAGCACCUGAACUACUGUUAGGAACUACGGAUUACGGAGUUGGAAUUGAUCUGUGGAGUGCAGGUUGCCUUCUUGCUGAAAUGUUUGCUGGGAGGCCGAUAAUGCCUGGUAGGAAUGAGAUUGAGCAACUUCACAGAAUAUAUAAGCUUUGUGGAUCCCCACCAGAUGAUUAUUGGAGCAAAAUGAAAUUGUCUCCGAUCUUCCGAUCUCCACAAUCUUACAAACCAGCUAUUUUGGAAACUUUUAAGGAUUUUCCUUCUUCCUCACUUGGUUUGCUCAGUAUGCUUCUUGCGUUGGAUCCGUCGAAUCGUGGCACUGCAGCUUCUGCUUUGCAGAAUGAAUUCUUCAGCACAAACCCCCUGGCCUGCGACCUCUCUGGUCUUCCUGUGAUCUAUAAAGAAGAUAAGGAUGACUAUACUCACCUGCGUGAUGGACAAAAGCGCAAAUCUUCUAAGCUGAAGCAACGUUCUUACAAGCAGAGAGAGGAUGCCAAGAAAAUUGAGGCAGAUAUGGCAAGAAGGAAAGCAGAUUCUGGAUCAUCAAAAGAGGAAGAGAAACCUACAGAUGUGAGAGUACAGAUACAAGAAAUAGGUAGCAGCGUAGCAAGCACUUCUUCAUCCAUAACAAAGCCCAAAAAGUAUGCAGUGGUGCCGGGUGAAUCACUCUAUCCAGGAUCAUAUCUACCUCAAGAAGUAACGCAAAGAUCCGAUGCCCAUCCUUCGGCCUCUAAGAACAUCAAGAAUUUCCCACCACAUGCUGCUAUUGAAGAGGUUCCUGGUGGUCCCAAAGGUCGAGAUGUCAUGCACCGUUAUGGUUUAGAUAGGUCGAUCUCGAUGUCAGAGUUCCACAGGAUGGACGGAAAGGAUUUGUCAAAACUGUAUGUUCUUGUUGAUUAGACAUGCACAAAUAUUUUAUUUUAUUUAUGUUUGGGACAAAUGUACUAGUAGUUCCUAAAAACUUCGACUUACUGCGAUUUGGUCCGUAACAUCCCCACAUUUGCUUCUUUUGGAAAUCCAUGACGUUAUGCGACAUUUUUGGUCCCGAAGAAAACAAAUUGAGUGGUAAAUGAUGGACAAGAUCAUCACUUUGAUAUGUGGUCAAGGGGAAUUUAAACUCCGGAGAAAGUAAAACAAUUCAGGGGCCGAAUCGCAGCGAGUCAAAGAGAGAGGGCCUCCUACAUAUUAUAACCCUGUGAGUUUACUACUAUUGAGUUGCUUACACAUAUUACAUGAAAGUGUCUCCUUGUAGUUGUAAAAACAAUGACAAAUAUCAAUUUUAUAUGUAUGUCGAACUUCCGUGUUCGUUUUAUU